CUUCAGAAGACACAGAAAAGAACUCUCUGGAUAAGAAAUGCUUCUUUCCAUCCUCUUCCUGCUCUUGGCUGCUGUGCCGCAACAAUCUCUAGGACAGGACAAAAGGAAAGUGGAAGGAAAGGAACAAGCAGUGGCUCAGGAGGAAGGUACAGUGAUGGAUCUCUCUGCAACACAGCAGCAGGAAAUUCUUGACAAAUUUAAUGCUUUCAGGAGAGGGGUACAGCCAACUGCUCGCAAUAUGCUGAAAAUGACAUGGAGUGAGAAAGCUGCCAACAGUGCAAAAAAAUGGGCCCGAAAAUGUAUAGGAAAAAGCAGUCCCUUAGAGGAAAGAAACGUUGAUGGAAUCUUAUGUGGUGAGAGUAUAUCACAAUCAAAUUUUAUCAGAACCUGGCCAAACGUCAUCCAACAGUGGAAUAGUUCAGGGUCAACUUUCAUAUUUGGCAGUAAAAAAAUUGCCCCAGAAAAACAUUUUUUGGGGUAUACUCAGAUUGUUUGGUAUAAUUCGCAUGAGGUUGGAUGUACAUUUGCCCACUGCCCAGAGAAUGAAUUCCCUUUUUUUUAUAUGUGCCGUUUCUGCCCUUUAGGGAACAUAGAACAACAGUUGCCAACACCCUAUAAAGAAGGCCCAUCCUGUGGAGACUGCCCUGCCCACUGUGAGGAUAAACUCUGCACCAACCCAUGCAAGUAUGCAGAUAAGAGUGAUCAAUGCGCACAGCUGAUAGACAACUUCAAGUGUAAAAUGAACUGGGUCCAGCAACAAUGUAAUGCCUCCUGUAAAUGCACAACAGAAAUUAAAUAAAAUGUAA